AUGAUGCACAUCAUACAGAUAAACUUACAACGGAGUGCCACCGCCCAGAGCCUUCUGCAGCAGACUUCGGCCGAAAGGAGAGCCCACGUCCUCCUUGUUUCCGAACAAAACUGGAGUCCAGCACGCGACGACAGAUGGACAGUCAGCAACGAUCACUCCUGCGCAGUCGUCCUCACGGCUUCAGCGGACUUCGUCCCCGAAUCGAAAGGGUCCGGUUCGGGCUUCGCCUGGAUCCAGGGACGCGGGCUAAGGAUAUACAGCUGCUACACCUCCCGCAACGUCCCCAAUGAACAGUUCGCAACAUUUCUCGACGAAAUCCACCAGUCCGUGCGGGAGUGCGACGCCCGAACUCACGUGUUGAUCGGCGGCGACUUCAACGCCUGGUCGCAAGAGUGGGGCUCGGCGCGCAACGACCGGAGGGGCGAGCAGCUGGCCGACCUCGCUGCCAGUCUUGGGCUGAGCGUCGAGAACACCGGCGACACGGGCACCUACCGGCGGAUCAAUGCAGAGACGAUCAUCGAUAUCACGUUCUCACGCCUCGUUGCACCCGCCGCCAUACGCGGAUGGAGAGUCCUGGAAGACGUGGAGUCAGCCAGCGAUCACCGCUACAUCGAGUUUACCAUUGACCCGACUCCCGACGUGGACGAUACUGGGGGCAACCAUGCAAUAGGUUGGUCAUUCCGUCAGCUGGACCCAGUCGCUCUAGCCACUCACCUGGCUAACACGGCUCAACCCGACGUCAACGACACUACCACCGCAUCUCAGGCAGCCGAUCAACUGAUCGAAUACCUGGAGGCGGCCUGUAAUUCCUGCAUGCCCCCUAGGGUCCCUCGCAGAGCAGGCAGAAACGAAGCUCACUGGUGGUCAAGGGAUCUGGCCGCGCACCGACAUACCACGAUCAAGCUACGAAGAGCGCUCCAACGGUCCGCUCGGAGGCACGAAAAUCAAGACCUGAUAGACGCCCACCGCUUGGCUUACUCGGAAAAGCGCAAAGAACUACGCAACGCCAUCCGCGACGCCCAGGCCAAGAGCUGGGCCGAGCUGUGCAAAGCCGUCGACGACGACCCUUGGGGCCUACCUUACAGGGUGGUGACCAAGAAGAUCGGCCGCCGCCGCCCUGGCGUCGAAGCGCGCGGCAGGGAGGACUCGAUUGCCAAUCACCUCUUUCCGGAACCUCCAGCAACCGAAUGGUCACUCGAGCAACCUCUGAUCGACGACCCCUGCGAUCCGCAAGCACACCUGUUUACACUCGAUGAGCUGCGAGAAGCGUGCACACGGCUGCCGGCGGGCAAAGCCACGGGUCCAGACGGGAUUCCCAACGAGGUCCUCCUCCGGGUCUCCAAAACCGCCCCACAAGCUCUUCUGAACACCUACAACUGCUGCCUGCUCAGGAACGAAUUUCCUGCACGAUGGAAGACCGCCAGGCUCGUCCUUCUCCACAAGGGACCUGGAAAGCCGAUCCUCGAGCCAUCGAGCUACAGGCCACUAUGCAUGCUCAACUCCGCGGCCAAGCUCCUGGAGCGACUGUUGCUGACGAGACUCAACCUGCACCUCGACUCGACCGGACAAAGGUCCGAGAACCAGUACGGGUUUCGGCAAGGACGAUCCACCGACGACGCAAUCGAUCGCGUAAUCAGCGCAGCCCGGGGAGCCGCAUCGGGCGCAGUCCAACACCGCGACCUGUGCGUAGUCGUAUCCCUCGACGUGCGCAAUGCGUUCAACACCGCCCCGUGGCCUCGGAUCGACGCCGCUCUCCGCGAAAGGCUGGUCCCAUCCCACCUGAACCGCAUGAUACGAUCCUAUCUGGAGAACAGGACCCUCCUCGUCGGAGAGGCACAAACAGCGAGGAGCGUCACGUGCGGGGUCCCACAGGGUUCGGUACUCGGUCCUGCCUUAUGGAACGUGUUCUACGAAGAACUACUUGACACCGACAUGCAACCCGGAGUUCAACUGGUGGCAUUCGCCGACGACGUGGCCGUCAUCGGAACCUCUCGGACCGGAGCAUCCGCAGCAGAACUGUUGAACCCAGCGCUGAGCACCGUCUCGAAUUGGAUGCGCGAAAACGGUCUCACGAUAGCUCCCCAAAAGUCUGAGGCCGUCGUUCUGACCAGGAAAUACAAAUUCGACGACCCCCAACUGUACGUGGAGGGACACGCCAUACCGGUGAAGCCAGUCAUUCGAUAUCUGGGGGUGGAGUUGGACACCCGCCUGUCGUUCACGGCACACAUAGCCACAGCGUCGAGAAAGGCCUCGGAUUCGGCUAAAGCCAUCGGACGUCUGAUGCCCAACGUAGGGGGCCCGACCCAGGCAAAACGGGCUCUGCUGGGGUCUGUGACCAACAGCAAGCUGCUCUACGCGUCCCCAACCUGGGCCAAAGCCGGCAUCAAGACAGCGAAAAAUCGAAACGAGAUGGCCAGGGCGCAGAGGACCACGGCACUCCGCACCAUCAGAGGCUACCGAACGAUCUCCGCCGACGCGUCCUCCGUACUGUCGUGCAUGCUGCCGGCCGACCUCCUCGCCCACGAACGGGCAAGAGUCAAGACCCGUCUAGAAGAUGAGGGAGAAUUAACAUCGACCUCCACUAUAAGGAAAGGAGAAAGAGCAAUCUCUACAUCGUCUUGGCAAUCCAGAUGGGAUCGGGCCGCAGCCGGUCCUGACGCAGUCGGACGCAGAUGGACCCACCGGCUUCUGCCCGACAUCGCACGCUGGAUUGCGAAGCCUGCUAUGAGCCUCACAUACCGCAUGACGCAGGCCCUGUCUGCACACGGUUGUUUCCGCAGCUACCUGCUAAGAUUCAAACGUGCCGUGGACAGCUACUGCGUGUAUUGCAUGAACCCCGAAGACACGGCAGAGCACACCCUCUUCGCUUGCCCCAGGUGGGAGGACGAGCGUGCUGUCCUGACCAGGAUCUUAAGACGCCCACCAGAGCCCGGGGACGUUCAGGAACUCCUGUGUGGACCUAGGGCCGACGAACUACCUGACGAUCUGACAGCCCGGUCAAGGAUCGUAGAACAGGCAAAGACCAACAGACGUGAGUUUAUGGCGAUGGUGGAAAAAAUCAUGUGCUCCAAAGAAGAUGAUGAAAGGGAGGAACAGUUGUACGACUGA